AAAUGUAGUAAAAACAUGUUACAGAUGCACGAACAUUAGUGUUUCAUAAAAAAAUAUAAUUAUGAUCAAGAGUGAUGGAAUUACAUUUUAAAGUUCGCGUUCAAUAUUAAUUACGUCGUAAUUAUAAAUAAAAUUUAUUUCAAUGGUUUACAAAAGUGUUUGUGUUUUUGUUUAAAAAUUAUCAAUAUUUCUUUCCUGACGUCAUCUUUGUUCUCAUGUCACAUUUUGUCUCUGGCAUUAUUGAUUAUGUAUAAAUGGGUUGGUUUAACUGGCAACUAUCCAAACUGGCACUUUCCUCAGGUCUCUUUUAUACAUAUUUCGUAACACAUCAUUGAUUUAAUUCACGAAAUGCUAAAAUUCUUUACACGUGGAAGUAUACUUUCGUUAACAUCCAUUGUUUCAAAAUCUCAAUGGGAAAAUCAUCACUCAAUUUCAAAAUUGUCGGUAAAUAUGGAGACCGUUCCAAAAUUGUUAGCUGACAAUUCCGCAAUUGUAUGGAUGGACCUUGAGAUGACUGGGUUAAACUCGAUUUCUGACAAAAUAAUCGAAGUAGCUUGUCUGAUUACGGACAAGGAUCUGAAAGUUUUAACAGAGGGAUUGUGCUUUGCUAUAAAUCACCCAAAAGAAGUUUUCGAGCAAAUGAACGAAUGGUGCGUGAAACAGCAUAACGAAUCCGGUUUAGUCGAAAAGUGCUUGGAAUCAGAUAUUACACCAGAGCGUGCCGAGAGCAUACUUUUGGAUUACCUACAAAAACAUGUUCCUAAGGGUAAAUGUCCCUUAGCUGGUAAUUCUAUAUAUAUGGACAGACUAUUUUUACGCCACCACAUGCCAUCCGUUAACGAUUACAUGCAUUACCGUGUUAUCGAUAUCUCGAGUAUAAAGGAAUUGUGCCGCCGAUGGAGACCCGAUGUACAAAAAUCAGCACCCGAAAAACGUUUACUGCAUCGAAGUUUAGAAGACCUACAAGAUAGUAUUGAAGAAUUAAAAUAUUACCGAGAUAAUUUUUUUAAAACUAACUAGCUAACUAAAAGAAUUCAAUAAUAAUUCAAUACAUGUGUGUUUGUACAUAUUUCGAAUGUUUUUAAGUUAGCUCUGCAUUAAGCGUAAUCUGUACAUUUUGCAUUAAACGUAAUCGUUAGUACAUUUAGGUAUCUUGGAAAAACAUACACACAUAAUGAGAACUGUAUUAAUAACUAAACUAAAUACUAAUUAAUUAGCAAUAUUUGUAUAUGAACUCAAGCUAAACUUGAAAAUUAAAGUAGAACAUAAAUUAAUCGAAACAUAUUCCUACUGUUAUAAACGUUUCAAUGUGAAUAUUAACAAGCCUGGGUAAAUAAUUGGAUUAGGAAAAUAUUGGAUAGAACAUAAAUUAAUCGAAGAUUACGUGCUGAUUAGGGUUUUCUAUAGUUUUCUGAUAACAGUUGUUGGCAAUAAACCGUUAUUUUGGUAACUUGAAAAUUUAAAUUAUUUAUAAAAAUGUGGACUGCAUUUGGCAUAGUAAGUUAAAAAAAUCACGGAAUUCGAAGGAACUCAAAAAUAUUGGUUGGCAAUAAUUAUUGGGAAUGUGGAGAAAUUUUCAAACAGAUUAAUCAAAGUGAGCAAGUUGGCUACCCUAUGCGAGAAACAAAUUCUUCGAAUAAAAUAUCAUUGCAAUAAAAUGGAGCGAAUGGAUGUUGAUUCUGAAGCUAAUUUAAAUCUUGCACCAUCAUGCAGCCAUCAUCCAAAAUGUAGAGCUCUAGCAUCGAAUACCAGCAUAAUGGCAGGUCCGGGAACAACACCAUCUGUCACCGCCUCUCUCCAUCCAUUAGUAAUAUUGAAUAUUUCCGAGCAUUGGACCCGUAUUCGUGCUCAAGCGGGUGAAACUUGUCAAGUGUUUGGUGCUUUGAUAGGAAAACAGAAAGGUCGCAACAUAGAAGUGAUGAAUUCCUUUGAAUUAAGAGUGGACAGGGUGGGUGCAGACGUAGUUAUCAACCGAGAGUACUACCAAACAAAGGAACAACAGUUCAAGCAGGUUUUCAGUGAUUUAGAUUUUAUUGGCUGGUAUACUACAGAUGAAGCUCCAACACUCCUUGACAUUCAAAUUCAAAAGCAAAUGGCAGAGAUAAACGAAUGUCCCAUCUUAUUGCAAUUGAACCCAUUGUCACGUAGUGUUGAUCAACUCCCGUUAAAGUUAUAUGAGUCCACUAUCGAAUUGGUAGGAGGAGAAGCUACAAUGUUGUUUGUUCCACUAACGUACACAUUGGCUACAGAAGAAGCUGAGCGAAUUGGAAUUGAUCAUGUUGCUCGUAUGUCAACUAAUGAAACUGGAGAAAAAUCUGUGGUUGCAGAACACUUGGUGGCUCAGGACAGCGCUAUUAAAAUGUUAAAUAAACGUAUACAAAUAGUUUUAAAAUAUAUUAAAGAUGUUGAAAAUGGCAAAGUGGAAGCAAAUCAGGAAAUUUUGCGCGAUGCAUAUGCAUUAAGUCAUCGGUUACCUGUUAUGAAAGGUCAUGCUUUCCAAGAAGAGCUGUACACUCAAUGCAACGAUGUGGCCCUUAUUAGUUAUUUGGGUGCAAUGACCAAAGGCUGCAACGAUAUGAACCAUUUUGUCAACAAGUUCAAUGUACUUUAUGAUCGCCAAGGAUCUGGAAGACGGGCUCGUGGUUUAUAUUUUUAAACUAAAUCGAGUAUUUUAUGCUGUAAAAUAAAUGGUCUUCAUAUAUAAAACAAAUAUUCGAAGCUUUUAUAGGAAAA